AAUCCGGCGUACACAAUGAAAGAAGUUGCUGAUCCGUGGAGGGGCAUCACGCAACCAGCCUCCUACUACUACGACCCGGCUCUGGCUGCAUACGGGUAUGGGGGCCUUGAUUUCAACGGCGCAAGGAGAAAAAACGUGACUAGAGAUUCGACAUCCACACUGAAGGCUUGGCUAAACGAACACCGAAAGAAUCCUUACCCCACAAAAGGGGAAAAAAUAAUGCUCGCCAUCAUUACGAAGAUGACUCUAACACAGGUGUCCACGUGGUUCGCAAACGCGCGACGCCGGCUCAAGAAAGAGAACAAGAUGACCUGGGAGCCGCGCAACAAAGCCGACGCCGACGACUCGGGCGCCGAGGACAAGAAGGAUGACGAGGACACCAUGGACGAGCGCACGGCCAGCGUUCAAGAUCCCAUGCGUCGCAGCGAUUCAACCAGGUCCUACUGCAGUUUGUCCGCACUGCAGCGUUCACGGGAAAGCACGUUACGACCACCCCAAACAUCGGCAGAGGUGGACCACGAGGCGGCUGAGAUGCAGACUUCUCACGCACACCGUACCAACGCCGGCUCAGACCUCCACCAGCAGCGGCACAACUACGGCCACUCGGCGAACCCGUACGCCCUCGGGGGUGCGUCUCGGUCUCCAAUCCUCAACGGCAUCAUGUCCCUGGCACCGCCGAACUCGCUCACGGGAUACACACCAGCAGCAUCCUCAGACAGUCCGUCCCCGGACCUCCAAGGCCUCGAAUCUCUCAUGUCUAAGUCGUCCCCGAACACCGCGGACGACUCGUCGGGCGCCGACAGUGCGCACAACAAGCCCAAGAUCUGGUCGCUGGCUGACACCGCAACAAGCAAGAGUCCUCCCCCACCGAUGCCCUGCUCGGGCCAACCGCAGGGACCCCCAGUCAGCGGUGGACAGCCCAAGGAUACCGCCGGAGUCGCUGCCAGCCACGGCUCAGUACUGGGCUGGUUUUCCGGUGGAUACCACCAUCGGGCCGGCGGUGGAAACGCGUCCUCUUCAACAGCGGCGGCGGCUGCGGCAGCCCAUUUCGCCAGUUACGGCAGCAAUGGCUUCAGUCCUGGAGGAGCCGCGCCACAGACGGACACGCCACCGCAGACGCCUCCGAACGCCAAGAUGGGCACCACUGGAUCCUCAUCGCUUCCUUUCCACCUGGGUUCCGGUGGAUACUUCCAGGGCCAGAGCUCCACCUCGCACCUCUACCUGGGCCAGGCGUCGGCCUCCGCACCACACUCGCACAUGGGAGUUGACAAGUCGUCGUGCGCCGGAGGCCCCAUCUACCGGGCCGCUGGGGGCUACGCGUCAUCGGCACCCGCUGCCAUCAUGGCCGCCGCUGCCGGAAGUCCCUGCGCUGACGGAGCCUCUUCCUCUUCCCGCUCGUCGUCCUCGGAGGACGAGUUCGCGCCGCCGCAGCACUACGGCCCCGCAGCCGCGGUGCCCGGCGCCAUGACCGACGGCCUGCCUUGAGCUGUGAUCGCGUUCGCACGUGUGGACUCCGGGGGCUUCGGCCCGAAGAUGUCGCCCCUUCCCUUCCCUCCCCGGAGGGACCUUGGCAGCGAGGACGAGCGCAGACCACCUCCCACUGUCGUACGCAUCGCCAUUCAGACCAGAGUGUCACCUCUGAUACGGUGUACAUGGCAACACUGCAUCAGAAUGCCGUCGGAACUGCUUUUGCCGGUGACAUCUCGCUUUACUUUUAGCGGUUCGCGCGGUUAUAUGAAUUCUCAGUUAUCCCAUUCUCCCACUCCGCGCUUUCCUGCCCCACUGAGACAGCAUUUACACAGAUCGUUCAGCGCCUCCUAGCUAUGGACUGAUGACUCAGGGUGGCCCGAAGGAAACAUAUCGUGGUUGACCUUUGCGGUAGUUUCACCGAGGUCCUUGCUGCACUCUCUCGUAUUUCUGCUGGUCGAGAAUGAAGAGCAAUAUCGAUGGGGCGUGUUGAGCUUACAUGAAAAACUGCGCGUGAGUGCGUGGCAUUCAAGAAGGAAAUAUGUGCUGUCGCCGCUUAUUUACGCCUGAGGCUCAUGCUGGAAUACGGUAGCGUUCGGGGCUCCUGCAGCGCUUUUUUAAGAUAUUGUAUUGUGAUUUCAUCAUUCUUACAGUGUAACGUAGAGGGCGCUCUCAUGUUCAUUAAAGUGAAUGCCUGGGUGACGUGCUAUAUACCUGAUAUAACGCAUGUAUAAUUUCAAUUUACGUUAAGGAACAAAUUUUUUUAGGAAAGAGAAAGCUGCCGAGUUUUCAUUUUUAUCCUUUUACGAGAUUUCCUGAGAACCACGCAUUUGAUGAAGUGCUACGUCCGCUUCGUAACGGCGGGUACUGUUUGACUUUUUUUUUACUUUUGCAAAUGUCGGCAAUUUGUUUUUAUCACACAGAAAGAGAACCAUAGUUUUCUUUUUUAUGUUUUUUUUGCAAUACUCGUGUUGCAAUAGCUGUGUCACUUUUUUGAAUUUUUUGUUUAAGCUCCUACAAUUGAAUCGGUUGUUGGAUGGAAGGCAUGGUGAGUGACACGGAGAGGAAAAAACACUUAGUGAGGGCUGUAGCAUUGCGGUAAGCAGAAUUUGUUCUAUCUUACGACUAGUUCAGUGUUCGGAGCACACGUUAAUCGCAUUUGCAAAAAAUAAUUCACGUGAUUGCCACAUGGUAAAUCGGUCGUUUGUCUUUUGAAUGGAGUGACUUAUUUUCCAUCAAUUGCAUGCUGAAAAAAAAAACGAAACAAGGCCGCACUGUAACUCGCUAUAGAUCGGCUCUACACAUCGUGGGGGUGUUGACGUGUUGAAGGUCGUCAAGAUGGCUUGGAUAAUAAACGCUGAAGAGUCGAAAAAAUAUAUAUGCCACAUAAAAUAAAGGGCUAAGGCAAAUAGGUUAUGCGUAUUUAUUUUAACAUAAAAGGCAGACUGCGCAUAAAAUUUACGAAACUAGACAUUAGUAAUAAAAAGAACAUUGAAAACGUUGGUAUGAGCUUUUACAUAAUUAAAUAUCCAUGUUCAGAUAGUUUAUAUUUUUUUAACAGUUGAAAGCUAACGAUAUCUUUAUUUCAUGUCUGGUCAAUAACAUUGUCGCUUCCGUUAUUAAACAUAAAGAAGUACGGAACCGUAACAGUUGCCCAGUGGGGGCAAACUUCGCACAAUGACAGUUUUAGUCCCCUAUGCAGGCGGAGAAACGCCCGUGCAGGACUGCUCGGAGACAUUUCCAGCAGUGACACAAGUUCUCGAACUAAUUCACUUCAUUUCCGGCGUAUUUGACGAGCUCUGUUAUACUUGUGGAAUCUCAGCACUUUGACGUGGUCGAGCUGAUCUGUAGUGGACUCGUGUUUCUGUGCUGGUGAAUCUCUUCGAGACGCACAUGAAACGCGAGGCCCGCACGGGCAUACCUCACGUAUAAGCGGUUAAGGCAUCUAGUAUUUUGCCUGUCUCUUUAUGUUUUUAUUUCCCUGUAGAAACAAGAGGGAAAAAAAAGGGAGAACACAUGCUGAGCGAAUGACUCUCUUUUAUUUGUGUAUAUUAAAUUCUUCGUGUUUAAGUGAUACCUAAACUUUUACAGGUGCCAAAUUUGUGCUUGUGAAGAGACAUCGUUUCGAGAAAAAAAAACAAA